AUGGCAAAUACCAAAGAACAAGAUUUAUACGUUAUAAAAACAACUUUUAAUAUUGAAAUGUACAAAUUACCACAAAAAUGUAAUAGAAAUAUCUUAUCACUAUUACAAAGCACCACAACCAAACGUUUUAAUAGAGGAUUUGACAAGCUCAAGUCGUUUGAAUUGAAAUCUUGUAAAAACAGAAAAAAAAAUCCGUUUUUAAAAGAGAAGCACAAUAAAAUAAAAGAGAAAAUUCAUUUAGAAGAUAGAAGAAUUCAAAUGAUGAAAAAAAGAAAUAGAAUCUUAGACAAAAAUCAUCUAAUUUCUAAUGGAAAAAGUUAUCAUAUAUCAUUAGGGACUCAAGAAAUAAGAAAUAUCACUAUUUAUGAAUCAACUCCAAAAGCAAUGUAUUUACCUUUAAUUUAUGAUGAAAAUUCAAGAAACGGGAUAUCAAAGACGGUUAAAAACGAAAAAGAUAUCAUUAUGUGUAAUAAGAUGGAUUUAAAAUUAUAUUUUAAGAUGGAUUGUAGCAGAAGUGGAAAAGACACUAAAUUUGUAGAAAUUAAUUUUACUGUUGAAAUAGAUGGUUCAUCUUUUCGUCAUCCAACUUUACAUAGUUUAAAACAACCACAAAACACAUUAUUUUUGGAAAGAAAAUUUGAACGAACAAUGUUUUUGGAAAAAAAGAUUGGAGAAAUCGAAAACAAAAAUAAAGGAAUGGAGGACAGAGUUUAUGAAAUGCGUGUACGAGCGCGAAAUUUAGAAAAAAGAGUAAAGAUUUUAGAAAAAAGAAAUAAAAUGCUAGAAAAGAGAACAUUAAAAUUAAAGGAGAAUCGCCGUAUUGGUUCUGGAAAAAAAGUCAAAAUAACUAUUGAACGAGGAGAACCAAUAAACAUUGCCUUUUGUGGAUCACCAUCAAGUGAUUAUGAUUUUUCUGUUUCUCCAUAUACAUUUAAAAAUGAAAGAUUGUUAAGAUCAGAAAGUGUUGAUAUCUGUCAACCUGUCUUCAGAGAUGAUUCAAUGAUUGAUAAUCAACUUUAUAAAAACGUCAUGGUAUUUAAAAAUCAAAGUUUUGGUGUAGGAAAUAUUGUUGAAGGUAUUAGUGGAUUAACAAUACCAAGUAAACAAGAAGAAGAAUUAAUCACUAAUGAUAAGUAA